CAUGGGUGGGUUGGUUCAUCAGUGCUAGCUAAGCAGCUCUUUCUCCUUGAGGCAGACAUUGCUCUAUAUUCUAGCUCUUUUCUGGAAUAAUGACGAUGUACUUUGAGGCAUCUGUCAAUAGCAAGAGAGUGCCGCUUCUUUCUGAGGUGGAGAAGAAGGAGGUUGAGUUGUCUCACUCUGUAGAAGACAGAGACCCACCUAUUGCCACCAAUCCACCAGUUGAAAAGAAGCCAGAUGGUGCUUGGCAUUUCAAACCCUCUAAAGAUAAGAUUAGAUUCUGUGGCUGCUGUUGCAUGAUGCCUUCAAAAAUAGCUAAGCCACUGGAAAUCAUACUGCUGAUGCUAAUACUUCUUUUUGUUGUCAUUAUGUCUUUUGUUCCAGUGGCAGUUCAUAUAUCUGAAGAACUGUCGACAAAUUCAAGUUCCCUUGAUACAACUAAUGGGUCAUUUCAUCCAGUGUCAGGCCAAUGUCAAGGCUAUGGUGCUAGAUCAUCAACAUGUGAGGAUGAGUCUAUUGGUAUUGCAAGCAAUGCGUCAUGUGUAGCUGUAAACUAUACUGGUUCAACCUGCAAGAGUUAUCUUCAAGAGUGGCAGUCUUGUGCUAUUGGGGCCACUGAUGGCAUUUAUAUUAACUCAUCCCAAAAGCUGAUGACGAGUGAAGUUAGCUUUGUAUUACAAGCACUGCAAAGUUCUUCAGUUAGUGAAGAGUGUAGAUCUGCUGGCAGUGAGUUUGUUUGUCAGUACUCAUUCCCUUUGUGUGACUGUGUAACUGGAAAAGAGUAUCUACCAUCAAGAGAAUUUUGCAAUUACGUCAGUACUCAAGUCUGUAGUGCUGAAUGGCAAGAAGCUAUUAGCAUUCUUGGACAAGGUGUUUUACCAGAUUGUUUAGAACUACCUUCUACAGGUGAUUCAGAUAACAGUAGUAGUAUUAUCUCAAACUGCAGUACAAUCGUUUGUGCUGAGUCUGAUGGAUUUCGUUGUGUUAAUGGCUCCUGUCGUCCUCAAUGUGGAGAGUUUAAAACUUAUAGUCCAAGAAAUGCAAGGACACAACAAGUGACUCAGCUAAUUGCAACUAUCAUUAGUUCAUCUGUUGGAAUACUAGUAUUGAUAGUUUCUGUCAUUCGCUGGAGAGUAAUGUUGUCAUUCCCAUCAAUAUUUUUGGUUUAUAUGACAAUUGGCUUGUGCAUACUAUCUAUAUUCAUAUUUGUAUCAAUACUUGACUUCAAACAUCUGUACUGCUCCUCUGAAGAUUUCUUAGAAGCUUUUAAUCAUCCAACCACUUACUGUAAAGUAACAGGGGCUAUUUUUCACUAUUUUUACUUAAACAUGACACUUUGGUGGUGUUUCAAUGUCAUCUCAGUAUUUUAUAAAAUAAUGUUUCCAGUGUUUGCUAAGGAGCAUAAGGAAAAAGACAAAUUUAUACACAUUGUCUUAUUAAUACUAGGUAUUUUAAUUCCUAUUCCUGGUGUAAUAUUGGCACUGACUGUUAAUAAGUAUAAGUCUUAUACUAUAUUCACAUUCCCCUCUUAUGUGUGUGUUCCAAGAAAUCCCGACUUGCAGUAUUAUGCUCUCCUCUUACCACUCAAUGUACUUCUUGGCAUUGGUUUAUUUUGCUUAGUUUUAAUAUUCUGGAGACUGCAGAAACAUCGAACUGCAUUGCUUCGGAAGUCAUCUCCAAUCUCACUGCCUGAAAUAAAGCUGUUAUUUACUCUGGUAUUCUUUAGCAUAUUUGGUAUAGUCUCGUUAGCUUAUUUUGGUGCAGCUACUGCAACUCGGGAUAAAUACAAAAGUGGAAUUAAAAAAUAUUUUGAGUGUCAAGCAUUUGGAGUUCACCCUAAUGUGUCAUCAUAUGAUCAGUGUCCUAUGGAUUUUGAAAAAUACGAUUAUCCAUAUUUUUCAGUGGUAGUUUAUCUACUAUUGGGUUUUGUAACGACUGCUAUCCUUGUCUACGUCUGCAAUUGGAGAGCUGUUGCUACCUUUUGCCUUUCAAUUCGAAGAAGAAGAAAAUACACCAGAACAAAUCUGGACACAUAUAUAGAACAUAAUUCUGAGUGAAAAUUGUAUAAUGAUUAAUGACUGCGCUGUUGUCUUAGUAAUAAUUA